AUGGCUCUCGCGGCUGAUCUAAGUACGCUCAUCGAUGCCUUGAUCACUUCAGUUGCUAAGAUAUCACCGGACCACAAGGGGUCUGCGCGUGUCCAGAGUCUGAAGCGUCGUGUACAAGGUGGUCUCCGAACUGGCUCUCAUACGCGCACCGACCAGUUCGCGGUCGCCAAGCAACUCGAGGGACUACAGGAAAAGUUUCAGAUCUUGAAUAGAGAUGAGCUUGCGGAAGCACUUCACAUUCACCUUGCGGAGUUGGAGAGCAAUCGAAACCCCUGGCUCCCAGAGAUCCUGAGUCUCUUACUGCAACUCUCAGAUCGCCCCGCUCUGUUGUCUGCGGUCAAACCUCCGGAGGAACGGGCCAAGGCACCAGAAGCAAAGGAGACUCUUUCUUGGUCAGAACUUAGAGCAGAUGGGACGGCAUUCAGUGACGAAGAAAUCUGGGAACAGGUAGACUUUGCUGGCGACUCAUCAGAUGACGACUUUUCGUCCGUUGUCAGUGAUGUAUCUCUUCCAAAGCACAGGCCUCAGUCCGCCACAACGGUGGAUGACGAGUACAUUAUCCCAGAUGACACUUUUGUGCCAGCAGAGAAUGGGGAUCUUAUUGCCUCUUUAGAAAAGGCUCAAUUCUGGAGAGCCGAAAAUCACCCUUCGGCAACCACCUCGCGACUUAUCACAGAAUCUCAACUUGCUAGAGAGACUAUCUUUAUGCUUCAGGGCCUUCCGACCUCCAUUUACGUACGUCUGGACGAUGAUUUUGGGGUAGAUCGAAGAUACGCACUCGAACAUUCAUCCAGCGAAGCCCUGGCAUCGCUUUUACAGUGUUUCAGCGAGAUAGGCGCCAAACUCAACGAUGUACGGUCUUUCACUAAGCUCCCACAGACAAUUCCAUAUAUGCAAACAUUUUGCCGGGGUUUAGAAGAUCGUCUUCUUGAAUUUGACAAAGUCUUAUCUCACGUUCAAUGCAAAUACCUUUCCGCGGGGUCAACUAUCAGUCUCAUCCAGCUUCUUGCUGACGUUCGUCAACACUCUCACGAGCUAGUAUUGCUCGCAGAAAUGAUUGCCAAGCUAGGCAAAGACUCGACUGAUCAACCAAUGUGCUGUCUUGAUUCGCUAUACGAUUUAAUAUGCAUGCUUGAAGCCCUUGGCGACGAAAGUUCGUCUCAGCGCCUAGCAGGGCUAUUCUUUAUGUGUUUCAAAACAUAUGCAAGCUCGAUCCGACGCUGGAUGGAAACAGGUCAGGUCGAUGUUUCAGACAGCACUUUCUUCGUGCGAGCCAAUCGUGAGAAUGGGGAUCUACGAACUCUUUGGCAUGACUGGUUUAUACUUGAUACGGGUCACAGGCAGCAGAGGAUCCCUCAGUUCCUCGAGACUAGUGUCCAGAAAGUCUUCACGGCGGGGAAGAGCAUGGUAUUUCUACGCCAUCUAAAUGCUCUACCAGACAUUGAGGCCAUGAGAUUCGAGGACCUCUAUUCCUCUUCGCAAUUACUUCCUUUUCCCGCAUUAGUAGAGUCUGCUUUUGAAAAGCUUGUGGAUGUGGACCAUUCACUCAGUGCUAGUCUAUUACGCACGGAGCUCGACCAACAAUGCGGAUUAUGGAGCUCCCUUGACGCUCUUCAGCAUGUCUAUUUCGCCAAAGAUAUGAGCGUCGUCAGCAUUAUUGACGCCAAAGUCUUUGAGUUGAUCGAUCGGGGUCGUUCAUGGGAUGACAGGUUCCUACUCACUGAGAUAUCAAGGACGGCUUUCAGUUUAGUACCCGUCAUUGACACAUCAAGGCUCCUAGUGCGGCCGGCUAGUACCCCGAUGCGGGUUUCUCAAGGUGGUCAUCGAAGCGUGGGGAUUUUUGGUUCGAUAACAAUCGACUAUGGCCUCCCAUGGCCCAUUGCAAACAUAAUCACCGAGGACGCAAUACACACUUACCAACGAAUCUCGACCUUCCUGAUGCAAAUCAGACGCGCUAAAUAUGCUAUUGUGAAACAGCGUGUGCGCGACGCCCGCAUUACCACACCUGACGACAAUGACACAUUGGUGCACGCUCUACAUCACAACAUGCUUUGGGUCCUUGAUUUCAUCUACGGCCAUCUGACCUAUCUCGUAAUAUCCACCGCAACCCGAUCUCUACACAAGGAUUUAUCUGGCGCACAAGAUGUUGAUGCCAUGAUAUCCGCCCACCAAUCUUACAUGUCCUCUUUGGAAGCACAGUGCCUCCUCUCUGAAGAUUUAUCACACAUCCAUGAUGCAAUUAUCAAUUUCCUAGAUUUGUGCGUUCAUUUCGCAGAUCUACAAGCCGCGCACUUGCUCGGCGACGAAGAACAACAUAUGGAGAAUCCGCACACAAAGAAAGAGUUCGAAAACGAGUUCGACUCCGAUGAUGAUGAUGAUGAUGAUGACGAUAACGUGAACCAUGAACACACACUCACAGUCUCAUUUCAUGAUUCGACCUACAGCCAGCAGCUGAAAACGGUCAACAACCACUUCAACCAUUUGACAACUUUUGUCACAGAUGGCUUGAAAAAUUUAGCUCGUGCAGAUGGGCUUCAAAGUUGGGAAAUUCUUGCCGACAGGCUCGAAUGGAGACGGAAUUGGCGCAGGCAUUGA